UCUUUUUUACAGGAAAAAUACUUUGUUGUUAACUUUCUUUUCCUCUCAUCAUUAUAUUUGAAAUAACGUAUAAAUCUCAUCAAUUUAUAAAUUUUUACAAAUUUAAUUAUUGUAUAAUUGCAAAUGUGUAUAUAAGAGUAGAGCAGAAUCAAGAUUAAGUAAUUUAUAUACGUGUACCUGAUAAAAAAAAAUUUUAUUCCCUUUUCGAGAUAUUUCGAUGCGUUACGGGGAAACUGAAGUGUUCAGUAGUAAAAUCACGUAGCAGAAAAAAAUCUUAAAAAUAUAUAUAUUAGAUUUCUCACAAUUGUAGAACAUACGUAGAACAUACGUACACUGUAUUCAUUAAGUAAUAAUAAUAGAUUCGUUUUCUUCGUAUUUGUAACAAAACAAUGUCUUUAACACGAAAAUUUUUAAAAUAGAAUUUGAGAACAGUAUAAAUCAUCAGUCUUUUUUAUAAUACUGAUUACAUGUUAACUAAAUUUCGAUAAUGUUUAUUUAAUAAGACAUUUAUAUUAGAAUAUUAAAAAAGAAAUAUAAAAUUGGUUCUUUAUUCGACAUCCAAUGUCGAUGUAAUUAAACUUUUAAUACUCUUGUACUUAUAAUCGCCGCGUAUUAUUCGAGCAUGCGAUCGAUCGAUUGACUUUUUCAAAUUCUCUCCACUCAGGGAUUAUACAUUAUUUUUUUUUUUUUUUUUUUUUUGAACGCUGCUUACAUCUGAUUUUCAGUGCGCAAUUAGUCGCAUAUUCUUCAGUGCUUCAUUCUGCAUGUGUUACGUACUGAUAAUUAUCCGGAUGUCGUUCGUAACGAUAACGUCGUAACAUCGUACUUCCCAUUUUUUUUCUUAUUUGCAUGCUGCGAAGGCCGAAUUUUUCCUCAAUUUACGGCGAACUAGUUUUAUCAAACGAGUAGAACGACCGAUAAACUCCAGACAAUUCGAGUGUGCGAUGUGGGUUUCAGAUUGAGUUAGUUUACUGUUUUUGUCACAAAUGAAAGAAUGCAUUUAGCCUUUUCAGUACCACCAUGUGUCAAGAUCGCCUGUGAAAUUAUUGCAAUUAAAAGUAUAUAAUUAGACAAAUGCGCGCAUUUACAGAUGUGACGUAAGUUUGCGAUGUUUUCAUGCAUGCUCAUUUCUUUUAUUUAAUGUCGACAUGCCGAACGUGCGUUUUUUGCCAUAUAUGCUGAUUACGCGUUCAUAAUCACCUGUUCCACAUUGUUCGCGGGAAAAAAAGAGAUGAUAAUUCGUGUGCCGUAUGCACACUUUCGAGGAGUGCAGACUCGAACAGAUGUUCGAAAGUGCUGCCUUGCGUAUAUCAAGUUGUCGAAAUACACAGACAUCUGACAUCGAAUAUAUCUCUGUAGUAGCUAAAUAAACAAAAGACUGGUAUCGUAUGACAAACGUGUCCCUUUCUCACUCGUCAGUCACUAUUUUCAACGCGCAUCGAGAUGUAAACUGAUUCAGCGACUUGUAUUUUAUUAACGUUGGAGAAGGAAGAAUUGUUAUUUAAUUGCGUAUUUUAUUCACUCGUGUUUAUCAACGUCGAAUAUUUAAAUGUCAAUCGUCGGGCUUGGAUACGAAAAUACGAAAAUCCGCGCGAAGGCCCGAGAAUAUUUCGGAGGCGCUCAUUUCAAGGCACGUUGCAUCUCGUUGGUAGCCGGUUGGUUUGCUUGUAGACGCCGCGCCAUUUUGUAUUUCUCGGACAUUCGGAAACGCAUAUCCGAACGCUUCUCCACCUCCGCGUUACGUAUUUUUUCACUAUUUUAUUUAAGGUGCCCAUCGAAAUUUCUGGUCUCGAGAAGAGAACCUCCAGCGCGAGGAUCAUGGCUUAAGUCGAGCGACGCGGAUGUGAAGCAUCUCGCCACACGACGACGCAAAAUUUCUCGUGCUAAUGCAUGCAUCAGCAUAAGUGCCUCCCUGAAACGCACGCGAGUGUCCUCCACGUGCGUGCACGAGCUCGUUGCGCUCGCGUGGUAUGCGUGCGCGUGUGUAUGUGCGCUUGUGUGUAUCUCCUCUUCCUCACGCUCGCCAGGCUUACCGCAAAAGACGCACGCCAGUCGAUCUCAUAGCCGUAACGCAUCGGCCGCCGGCGCACCUCUCUACGUUUCUACGUUUCUCAUUAAUCUUCCUUAUUAUUUGUUUCGUUCAGCACCCAUUGGUUUUUUGUUCCACUACCGCGGGACUUUUGGCAGGUUCUCCUCCCGCUGGCACCGACGUUGCCAUCGAUCUCCGUCGACGAUGUCGCAAGUGGGGGAUGGCCUUCAUACGCCGGGUUACUUGUCCUGGAGAAAACUGCAGCUGAGCCGCGCGAAGCUCAAGGCGUCUAGCAAAACGUCAGCUCUGCUCUCCGGCUUCGCUAUGGUCGCCAUGGUGGAGGUGCAGUUGAAUUCCGACACGAAGGUCCCGCCGGAGAUGCUGAUCGCCUUCGCCGUGUGCACGACUCUCUUGGUGGCCGUGCACAUGCUGGCGCUGAUGAUAUCCACGUGCAUACUGCCGAACAUCGAGGCCGUCUGCAAUCUACACAGCAUAAGCCUGGUGCACGAGUCGCCGCACGAGCGUCUGCAUUGGUACAUCGAGAUCGCGUGGGCCUUCUCCACGCUGCUGGGCCUCCUUCUGUUCCUGCUGGAGAUCGCGAUACUCUGCUGGGUGAAGUUCUACGACUUCUCGCAGGUGGCCGCCUGGUCGGCCUGCAUAGUCCUGGUACCGGUGCUGAUAAUCUUCCUCGCGUUCGCGAUACACUUCUAUCGGAGCCUGGUCGCGCACAAGUACGAGGUCACCGUGUCCGGCAUACGGGAACUCGAGUUACUUAAGGAGCAGAUCGAAUCCACGGACAUGGAAGGCGGCAGGAACGGCGUGAAUCUCCUGCAGACCGGGGUGACGCAUAUCGUUUGAAUCGGUCAGCCCGAUCCUUCCUGUCACCGGGAGGGGGGGGGGUCGCCGGAGGGAUUCGCGAAUCGAAGUACAAGAAGAAGAAUUUCCGCUCCGCGGAAUGCGAGAGGGAGAGAAAGAGAGAGAGAGAGGCAGUGAUCUUUUUCAUGACGACGGAAACGAGUGCUGUUUUUUCUUUUUCGGAGGAUUCUGCCAGGAACGAGUCUUCCGAGCGUGAGGCGCUCGAGGAACAUGACACGUAGACGACCGGCUUCUUCGUACACGCGCUACGUGUGCAAAGAUUCGAUCAACGGAUAAGAUCUUCCUUUUCCCUCUUUUUUUUAUACGCGUGUUCUCUGUGAUGUAAAUUAAGUGUAAGCGCGACGGGACUCCGCUCGUCCGCACGAUGCCGCGCGAAACGAAAGCAUUGUGUCAGUUUUUGGGAAGGAGACGAAGUUCGAUGACAUCGUAUUAUGUAUGUAGAUACGAAACACAUUCCUUCAUUCGUGUUGCGACUUAACACGGUAGGAAAAAUAAUAUGACUUAAGGAUAUUAAGCGACACCCGCGUGUAUCGCCAUGUACCGCUCGAGAAAAGUGAUAGUACAAUAGCCGGAAUUUUGCCUUUAUAUCGAGAGGUAACAACACGACUGGCUUACAUACUCGAAUGUACUUAUCUUUCGAAAAACGUGCUUAUCCAAGAAACGCGACCGACGUUUACAUCUCUUAAGUGUUUCGUCGUUACGUCGGGCAUAUAUUAAUAACGAUACACGUGAAAUAUACGGCGUUCUGCUACACGCCGUACGAAAGUUGAUUUUUUUUUUUUUUUUUUUUUAAGGAGACAUUUAAUGACAGUAAUUUCUCUUAUUGUUCUUCAACGCGCAAGUACAUUAUUCUCAAGUAUAUACAUUACGACUGCCGUAAAAAUAAGAAACGGAAUGUCAGGUAGCGGUGACUUGGAUGUACAUAAUGUUACUCGGGACAUUAUAUUUCUAUGAUCGCGAAUAAAAGUCGGGAAAGUAUGUGUUCGAUUCUGAUCUGUAGAUAUACUUUUCGGCUUCGCACGCCGAUAGGAGCGAUUGCCAAAAUAAAAAAAGGUCGUACGUACGAA